CUUACCUGGAAGGACGUCACGUAUGGGGCGGGGCGUGUUCGGAUCACGUGGUCUCCGCCAUUUGUAUUUCGGGAGAAGAGGCGGGAAAAUCUGACCGGUCGUGCAGAUUUUUUUUCUGCAGUUAGUUUGGCAGCUAAGCUGUAAAACGUCUAAUGUCUGAAAGACACGAAUCGCAGGUGAAAGCAGAAGAGGAGGAUGAUAUGUCCUGUGGAGACCUGGGUGAUGGCCUUUGCAGGAAACCUGGUGGAAUUUAUGAACAGGCACCAAGUUCGACUGCUGAGACCAGAAGAUCAAGACGUGGAUCAGAUGUCGACGACUCUGUUUUUAGUAGAAGUAUAACUGAGGAUGAGAAGAAUGCCAUUACAUUUUCCCACUGGACCAAGUACAGCAACCUGUACAAUUCAUUUCAUAAACUAAAGACUUCUGAUGGGACUAGUAUGAGCAGGCGGUCGAGCAGCAAUGGCUCACAAGCUGAAAUCUCAAAUGAAGAGUUAAAAGUAAAGCUUCAGGAAGUUACGAAGGAAGCAGAAUUUCUACGAUGUGAGCUUGAAGUAACACAGCAGCAACUUGAGGGAAAAUAUGAAGCAUUAAAGAUAUUACAGAGUAUGGCUGUAUUUGAUAAAGCUACUGCACAUACAAAGACAUUACUUCAAAAAACAGGUGAACGAAACAAGAUUUUAGAGAAGCAAGUGAAUAUAUUACAGUGGGAAAAUGAUUUUAAACAGGAUAAAUUUAAGAAUUUGGAACAGCUCUGGAUUGGAAGAUAUGAUCGGAUGUGUAUUGAAAAUGGUGAGCUUUCAAAAACUUUGGAGGCAAGAGAUAGUGAGAUUCGGGAUCUCAAAUCAGAAAAUACGAUUUUGAACCAGCAGUGUUCAGAGCUACUUGCAAUGCUUGAUGCAAAGGAUCAGCAGACUUUCCAAAGAACAUUGCCAGUAAAUAAGAAAGACUUCACUGAAGUUACAACAUUGGAGCUGGGAGUGCUUGGAGCAUGUCACUGUAUUGGUACUGGAGGAGAGCCCUGUUCUUGUGCCAGGAUGGCAGCUGCCACACGGAAACAGCUGCUGCAACAGAAGCAAGAGUUUGAUCUUCAGAGAAAGCGAGAGGAAGAGGCCUACAUAAUGGCUGACGCAUUUAGAAUUGCUUUUGAACAUCAGUUGAAAAGAACAAAUGAUCAAACUCUCCGAAUUAAUGAAGUGGAAAAACUGCAUAGAAAAGGCCCUAAGAAAGGGCUUGUUUGGAAUCGGAUGAAAGAAGAUCCUAUUUGGAGAACAAAAGUGAUUCAUACACCACUUGGCCAAAAGUUGAAGGGUCUGUUCAGUUCCUCACCAGACCAAAAGAAUUUGGAGGCCUUGGAGGAUACGCAGGAGGUGUUGAAGAUACUUAUAGACUUGUUAAACGAUAAAGAGGAAGCUCUGGCACAUCAGCGGAAGGUUAGCUAUAUGUUGGCCCGACGUGUUGAGGAACUAGAACAAAAUUACCUGAGGAAGGAUACUCCUGCUACUGAAAUUUCUAAAGUUGAUCAUUGUCAAAAAGGAUGGCAUGAUUCUUUCCUAUCAACUGAUCGAAACCAAAGUGAACACAGGACUGUUUUGAGGACGCACUCUUCCCCUGCAGGUUACUUUGUGGGCAGUUGAAAAUUCAGGAGAAUUUAUUAAAACACUGAAUGUGUGGCAAG